CAAGACAGUUCAAGAGAGCUGAUUGCGAUCAUUUCCACCUCCACACCACCGCGUAAUAUCAAUCAUUCAAUAAAAUGCUUUGCGCAAUCUCAGGCGAAGCUCCUCAGGAGCCCGUCGCUUCCAGCAAAAGCGGCAACGUCUUCGAACGCCGUCUAAUCGAAACCUACAUUACCGAGAAUGGCACCGACCCGAUCACCAACGAGCCCCUCACCCUCGACGACCUCCUCCCCCUCCGCACCGCCCGCGUCGUUCGCCCCCGUCCUCCCACACUCACCUCCAUUCCCGCCCUCCUCUCCACCUUCCAGAACGAAUGGGACGCGAUCGCCCUUGAGUGCUACACGCUCAAGUCCCAGCUCCAGCAGACCCGCCAGGAGCUGAGUACCGCGCUUUACCAGCACGAGGCGGCGAUGCGCGUCAUCGCGCGCGUGACGCGUGAGCGGGACGAGGCGCGCGAGGCGCUGAGUCGGAUUGGUGUGUCGGCGGGUGCGGGUGCGGAGGCGGAUCAGAUGGCGGUGGAUGCCAAAGGAUUGAGCGGGGAGUUGGCGGAGAAGGUGGAGACGACACAGGCGGAGUUGCAGAGCACGAGGCGGUUGGCGGUGGAUGAGACGGGGCAGUUGGUGUUGGCGGCGGGUGGGAAGGGUGCGGGGGUGUUUUCGGUCGCGGAAGAUUCGGUGGUGCAGACGUUGGAUGUUGGGGGGGUGGGCGUGACGGAUGGGCUGUGGGUCGAGUCAAGGCCGGUGGUCGGACUGACCAAUGGAUCGGUCGUGGUCUUUAAUGGAGAAGGGGAGGCGACCGCAACAUUCAAGUCGCAUGCUGGCCCUGCUAUGGCCGUUACGGCGCACCCCAGCGGAGAGAUCCUCAUCUCCGUUGGCGUGGAUAAGAGCUACGUUGUCUAUGAUCUGCCGGGAAACAAGGUUGUCCUGCAGAAUUACACCGAGUCCGAACUCUCCUGCGCUCAAUUCCACCCCGACGGCCACCUUUUCGCGGCUGGUGGCAAGGAUGGCGAAGUGAAGGUGUACCAAAUCAACACCGGGGAGAAAGUCGGCGGCUUCCAGACCGACGCGCCCGUCCGCUCGCUCUCCUUCUCCGAGAACGGCACCUGGCUCGCAUCCGUAUCCGAAGGCCAGAGCGACGUCACCAUCUGGGAUCUGCGCAAGAUGACGGCGAUCAAGACGCUGGAGAUCGGAUCGGCGGUGUCGAGCGUCCGAUUCGACUAUACCGGGCAGUUCCUGGCAGUCACCGGGCCGGGGAAUACGGUGGUGAUGCAGUAUAAGAAGAAGGAAAAGCAGUGGCUGGAGCCGCUUCGGAAGGGCGUAAGCGGUGAGGCAGUGGCAUGGGGCGAGAGCGGAAAGUCUCUAAUGGUGGUGACGGGAGAUGGUGGGCUGGUUCAGUUGACGGCGGCAUGAUGGCUCAGUCUCGCUGUGGGUUGGUUCACAUUGGCGUCCGCGGUGCAUGUGGGUUCGCAGGCAGUUUUCAUGGGCAAGGUACAUCAUGGCCAGUACGGC